AUGGACAGCCCGGAGGUCACCUUCACGCUGGCCUAUCUGGUGUUGGCCGUGUGCUUCGUGUUCACGCCCACCGAGUUCCACUCGGCCGGGCUCACGGUGCAGAACCUGCUGUCGGGCUGGCUGGGCAGCGAGGACGCCGCCUUCGUGCGCUACCAUCAGCGCCGCACGGCCGCCACGCUGCUGUGCCACUCGCUGCUGCCGCUGGGCUACUACGUGGGCAUGUGCUUCGCAGCCUCGGAGAAGCGGCUCUUCCUCCCGAGUCAGGCCCCACAGGCCUGGCAGCUCUUCCUGCUCCUGGCGGUGAGCCUGCCCGUCAUCUCCUGGAGCCUGAUCUACUACUGGUCCCGGGACCGGUGGGCCCGCCACCCGCUGGCCCGCACCCUGGCCCUCUAUGCCCUCCCACAGUCGGGCUGGCAGGCUGUCGCCUCCUCUGUGGACACUGAGUUCCGGCGGAUUGACAAGUUUGCCACCGGGGUCCCGGGUGCCCGUGUGAUCGUGACAGACACGUGGGUGAUGAAGGUGACCACGUACCGGGUGCACGUGGCCCAGCAGCAGGACGUGCACCUGACCGUGACGGAGUCGCAGCAGCACGACCUCUCGCCAGACUCGAACCUGCCCGUGCAGCUCCUCACCAUCCGCGUGGCCAGUGUCGUUCCCGCGGUGCCGGCCUUCGACAUCCGGCUCAACUCCACAGAGUACGGCGAGCUGUGCGAGAAGCUCCGGGCGCCCAUCCGCAGCGCAGCCCACGUGGUCAUCCGCCAGAGCCUGGGCGACCUGUUCCUGGAGACGUUCGCCUCCCUGGUGGAGGUUAACCCGGCGUACUCGGUCCCUAGCAGCCAGGAGCUGGAGGCAUGCAUCGGCUGCAUGCAGAGCCGUGCCAGUGUGAAGCUGGUGAAGACAUGUCAGGAGGCGGCCGAGGGCGAGUGCCAGCAGUGCUACUGCCGCCCCAUGUGGUGUCUCACCUGCAUGGGCAAGUGGUUUGCCAGCCGCCAGGACCCGCAGCGCCCUGACACCUGGCUGGCCAGCCGUGUGCCCUGCCCCACCUGCCGGGCGCGCUUCUGCAUCCUGGACGUGUGUGCCGUGCGCUGAGCUGGCCAGGCCAGGGCGAGGGCGGCCCUGGGCUGCUCCCCCAGCGUGGAGAACGAGGGCAUGUUUAGAAUUUCUCUGCUGAAGUUCGGGCAGGGCCGUGGGAGAGUCUGGGGGCUCCUCCAUUUCCCACUCCUCUGGGUGCGGGUGGGUACCCGUCAGAGAGCACGGCAUGGCCCUCCCGAGUCUCUGGGCCCCUGAGCUGUCUGGGAGACCUGGCGUGUCUGUCCCGGACGCCCCUCACCUGGGCCACGUGCCUUACCUUCAUGGAGCACACCUGCCCCUUUUACACACCAGACCCAGGUUCCUCCCAACGGGCUGUGCUUGGUCCUCCGUGGAGCUGCGCUAGGACCUGGGCAGAGCCCGGCAGUGGAGGGGAGACCUGGCUGAGGCACCCCUGGGGCUGCCCCUGGAGGCCACGGCAAGGACCACUCCUGCCCACGGAGACCCUGGGCUUCCCAUGAGGAGCUGGGCAAGGGCUGGCUGCUGUCACUUGUCCUAGCUGUGUGCUCCUGGGGCCACUCCUGGCCGGAGGGUCGUUACCUGUGUGCCUUCCGCUGCCCCCAAGAGCCCAGGGAAAAGCCACGCCUUAGAUUCCUGGCGGGAGGCAUGGAGCUGAAGACCAGGCACCCCAGUGACAUCCUGCACCCACACAAGCUUGUCAGAACGCAGGCACAGGCCGGCCACGCCCCACAGCUCAGCAGGGGACGUGCCAGUGGUGAGGGCACUGAGGUGUCUGACAGUUCCUGGCGGGAGGACAAAGGCAGGGCCAGGACCCAGCUCUGGAGGCGUGGCUGUGGAGCCUCAGGCUUAUACUGGUCAUCUUAAGCAGGGUGCUGGGCCCGUUGGCCCACCUCACCCAGAGGACUGGGAGCAGAGUUUGUGGCCUCGGGGUGCUCAGCAGAUGGAGGCUUUAGAGGAGGCAGCCUGGAACUCGGGAUGCUGCCCAGGGAAGUGUUUACUACAAAAGACAAGUCUGUUGUAGCUAUGUGAUACAGUAUUUAAUAAAACAUUAGCCUGAAGUUAAA